AUGAACUCAUUUGUUCAGGAAGGAAUUCUUAAAAGGAAACUGAACCAAUUUGUCCAGUGGUAUGAAGAAACUACGGGGAUGGAUGAGGUUAGAAUGUCCCAAAAUCGAGUCUUAGAAGCAGAAGAAAAAUUUAUUAGUGCUCAGGACCGUAGGCGAGAAUCAAACAAGGAAGUAACAGCCGUGCAAAAUAAAUUAAAAGAUUUGUAUGCAGAACUUGACAAUACUGCUAGAGGAGAAGAACGUUAUGUUGCCCUCAUAACAGAGGAACAUAAACUUUUGAAACAAGAGAAACAAGUGAUGAAUGAAUUUAAACGUUACGAAAGGGAAGAACGGGAGUAUUUUUCUGCGUUAUCAUCAGCUGUAAAAGAAAGUCACGAAAAAGAAAGAGCUCAAGCGGAACGAACCAAAUAUUGGUCUAUCAUUGGCUCUAUAAUCGGUACCAUUAUUGGCAUUGUUGGAAGUUCCAUUAACAACGAAAUAAGAAUGAAAGAGUUACGGAAGUUAAUUACAGACUCUACAAUUGAUUCAAAAAUUAAUAACAAUUCAGCCGCAUCGCCAGAGUUAUUUUUAAGAUAUGAGAGAGAGUUGAAUGCAAUUACCAAUGAAAUGAAUGUAUCUUUAAAACAUAAUGUUGAUGUUGUGAAUCGACUUAACAAUGUUAUUUCCCUAUUAGACAAUAGAGUAAGGUCAAAUCAGAAUUUAAAUUCAGAUAGUGUCCUAAACACUUUAUCACAACAACAAAUUGUAUUAGAAAAGAACUUAAAAGAACUGAAAGCAAUAAUAGAAUUGCAAAUUCCAAAUAAUAUUUCAAAAGAUGAUAAUCUUGCCUAUCCUUAUAGUACUAGUAGUCAAGAUAAAAAUGAAACUGCCAAAAUGCUUUUUCUCAGCACAGUUGUUGUGGCAUUUCCAAUUAUCUUCCAUUAUUUUAACUUGUUUAGUUGA